AUGCCCCUCGAUGACUUCGAGCUUUUCUCCUUUGGACUCUCCACCCCCACCCCCACCAGUCUUUACAGUCAGGGCUCAAUGGCCUCCCCCGUGUGGCACGAACACGGCCACUAUCACAGUAUGCCAAUGGAGCGCCGUACCUCUGCGACGCCACUGCGGAGUGCAUUCAGAAUGGCCGAUAUCACUUCGGGCGAAGGCAUGAUGAACAUGCCCUGCGGCAACAUGGAUCGACCUGAACAGAUGUCUAUCCCAGACUAUCUUCCUGCGUAUGAGGACCAUGUCGACCAGCUCUGGAUCCCUCAAGAUAUGCCAAAGACAUACCAAGAGCCCCACUUCCCUUACCAGGCAUCGGUACCCCAAUACAGCCAGAUGGCUCGCAACUACUACCAUCGCCCGCAGCAAGCUGGAUACCUACCCGAAUCCGCAUCCAAUCCUUGCCUGUCACGUCCAAUCUUCAACCACCCCAAUGAACGGAUACCUAACUCGGCCUCGAUGUCCAACAUGUUCCACUGGAUGCCAUCCCAGGAGUCAAUGGUACCGCAAACCAUCACUCCCGCCCAGGUCCAGCCCUUCCCUUCUGUCCCCGUGACGCCUCCUUCAUCUUCGUAUUCCGAUUUCCCCACCAACAUCCCAACCUUCAAGUCCCACACUCCUUCUACCCCGCACCGCUCUGUAUCUAUGGGUACACCCUCAGGGUCCGAUACUCCCGUCAGCCGGAUGUCUGCACACAACGAUUACCAGGAGGAGUUCCAACUUUCUCCGGUCUACCGUGAUAGCUUGAUGCAACGUCAUCGUCAGCCCUCACGCAAACCUUCCAAGAAGCAACUUCUUCGGUCCAACUUGAGCUUGGAAAACCUUCCGUCAAUCAUUAAGCAAGUGCAAUUCAAGUGCAAGGAGCCCGGCUGCAAGGGUCGCUUCAAGCGCCAGGAGCACCUCAAGCGUCACAUGAAGAGCCAUUCCAAGGAAAAACCUCAUGUCUGCUGGGUUCCCGGUUGCCACCGUGCCUUCUCCCGCAGUGACAACCUCAACGCUCAUUACACCAAGACCCACAGCAAACGGGGCGGUCGCAACCGAUAUGUGGCAACCCUCGACGAGACCAGCCAAGAUUUCGAUCCCGACUUCCGUGGCCAGCUUACUCCUGACGGUCGCCCCAUCUAUGGCAGCAAACUUGAAGAAACCGUCCCCGAUUGCGGUGAGCUGAACGUGGAUAGUUGGGAUGACUAG